GCCGCCGACCUCGCCAUGGGCAAAGGCGACCCCAACAAGCCGCGGGGCAAGAUGUCCUCGUACGCCUACUUCGUGCAGACCUGCCGCGAGGAGCACAAGAAGAAGCACCCGGACUCGUCCGUCAACUUCGCCGAGUUCUCGCGGAAGUGCUCGGAGCGGUGGAAGACAAUGUCCAGCAAGGAAAAAGGGAAGUUUGAAGAAAUGGCCAAAGGAGACAAAGCUCGUUACGACAGGGAGAUGAAAAACUAUGUUCCUCCCAAAGGCGAAAAGAAGGGAAAGAAGAAAGACCCCAAUGCUCCUAAGAGACCACCAUCUGCGUUCUUCCUUUUCUGUUCUGAACAUCGCCCCAAAAUCAAAAAUGACCAUCCCGGCUUGUCGAUCGGAGACACGGCAAAGAAACUGGGAGAAAUGUGGUCCGAACAGUCGGCCAAAGAUAAACAGCCGUACGAACAGAAGGCUGCGAAGCUAAAGGAGAAAUAUGAAAAGGAUAUUGCAGCGUAUCGUGCCAAGAGCAAGAGCGAUGCCGGGAAAAAGGGCCCAGGUAGGCCUGCAGGAUCUAAGAAGAAAGCAGAACCAGAAGAGGAGGAGGAAGAGGAGGAGGAGGAAGAUGAAGAGGAGGAAGAAGAUGAGGAUGAGGAAUAAAUGAAUGUCCUGCUGUAAAGAUUUAUGCUCAAAAUCCAAUAUUUUGCUAAGAAUGUGAACUCGAGUGCAGCUCGUUGUUAGCUUCAGUAUAAAAAUCUGUACAGAACUGUGUAUAGGUGAUGUGGUUUUGUGUAGGGAGACCUCUAUUUUUAAUGUAAGUGGUAGCCGAGGGCUGCUACAGUUGGGUUAAAAAAAAAAAAGAAAAAAAAGGAAAAGUUGUGGAAUGUUUCUGCAUAUUUAAUGGUUUUGUUGAAAUUCAGUGACUGAUAGCCAGGUGUUUCUCUAGAGUGAAGCGAAACAAAGGAGGUAGCUUAAUAGCUGAUCUUAUAUUUUGUAGUAUAUUGCAUUGUAUUACUUUUUUAACAGUUUUGUAAUAAAAUGUUGUACAUGA